AUACACACUGCUCAGAACUGCCGCUUGGACUCUCUGGCUCCUGUGAGCUUCUUCAGCAUUUGGUGUGAUGCCCGAUACUAACAGCACAGUUAACUCAGCCGCAAACACUAGCAUUAUUUUAGGGUUUUUAAUGUCCUUACUAGCCUUUUUUAUAGUGGUAGGAAAUGCAGUGGUCAUCUUAGCUUUUAUGGUGGACAAAAAUCUUAGACAUCGAAGUAAUUAUUUUUUUCUUAAUUUGGCCAUUUCGGACUUCUUUGUGGGUGCAAUUUCCAUUCCUUUGUACAUACCUCACACACUGUUUAAGUGGGAUUUUGGAAAAGAAAUCUGCUUGUUUUGGCUCGUAACUGACUAUCUUUUAUGUACAGCGUCUGUGUACAACAUUGUCCUCAUCAGCUAUGACCGAUACCAGUCAGUCUUGAAUGCAGUAACUUACAGAGCUCAGAACACAGGAAUCUUGAAGAUUGUCAUUCAGAUGGUGGCUGUCUGGGUGCUGGCCUUCUUGGUGAAUGGCCCAAUGAUUCUCGUUUCAGAGGCUUGGAAGAAUGGGAGCCAUGAAUGUGAGCCUGGAUUUUUUUCAGCAUGGUAUGUCAUAGCCAUCACCUCACUCCUGGAAUUCCUGAUCCCAGUUAUCGCCGUUGCAUAUUUCAAUGUGUAUAUUUACCGGCGCCUAUGGAAGCGUGGUAACCUCAGCAGGCACCGCAGCAGGCUCCUCUCUGUCUCUUCCUGUGACGGCGGGCAAACGUUAAGAUGGGGGCUGUUCUCAGAGAAAGGAGAUCCAUCCCUUCAUUCCCAGGGACAGGGGAGGAAGAGCAACCUUUUAGCUUCCUUUAGAAGCCAGAAGAAAAGCAAAAUGAUUCAUGCUUCUAAAGGGAGUUCCCUGGCCCACGCGGAUUCCUUAUCCCUUCACCAUAGGGAACAUGUUGAACUGCUCAGAUCCAGAAAAUUAGCCAAGUCUCUGGCUGUCCUCUUAGCAGUUUUUGCCAUUUGCUGGGCUCCAUAUUCUUUGUUCACAAUUGUUAUUUCAACAUACCCCCCAGCGGAGCGCCCGAAAUCAAGUUGGUAUGAAUUUGCAUUCUGGCUCCAGUGGUUCAAUUCCUUUAUCAAUCCUGUCUUGUAUCCGUUGUGUCACAAGCGUUUCCAGAAGGCUUUCUUGAAAUUAUUUUGUGUGAAAAAGCAGCUCAUAACAUCACAAAGUCAGUCAUUUUCUUCUUCAAGAUAAUGCACUCCCUUCCGUGGAUUUUAGUCCUCAGCCCUCACUGAAACAUUCAUGCAACUCUCACGCUGGAGCAAUCAAAAAAAAUUUGAAGCAGAAGUCGGUGGGAUAUUAUUCUAAUGAAUAAUGAUCAUGUAAUGGUGAAUUAAGAACAUGAUAUUUCGAUAACUUCAUAGCGCAGAAGUGCUGUGUGUUUUCCUAGAUAUAACCUCUUUCUGUCGGUGAGAUUGUGAUAGGACAUGGGCUGUGAAAGUUAGAACUUUUUGUUUCUUUCUAGGUUCAGUGUUUGCAGUAGGGUCUUAAUUUCACAUGUUUAUUUGACAGUAGUGAACACAUAUCGCAUCUGAGAAUCAUGCCCUAAGCCUCACAGUAGAGGAGAGAAGGCGGCAGCUGAAGGUGUGGCUG